AUGCCGACGGCAGAGACCGGGACAGGGGCGUGGAGCGUGGCGGGGGCGGUACUGGCGGUGCUGGCGGCCGGCGUGGUGGUGCGGGCGGCGGUGAGUGUCGGCCCCUACUCGGGGUGGGACUCGCCGCCGCGAUGGGGCGACUACGAGGCACAGCGGCACUGGAUGGAGCUCACGCAGGUGCUGGGGCCGACCGAGUGGUACCGCAACUCGUCGCGCAAUGAUCUCGACUACUGGGGCCUGGACUAUCCGCCGCUGCAGGCGUACCACGCCAAGGCCUUUGGCUGGCUCGCCGCCGCACUCGAGCCGUCCAUGGUGGCCGAAACGGUCUCGCGUGGCUACGCCUCGGCCUCGUCUAAGGCUCUGAUGCGGGGAUCGGCGCUGGUGUCGGAUGUGCUCUUCUUUGCCCUCCCUGCCCUCGCUGCCCUGCCCAUCGCGCUGCGGCUCGGUGUUGUCCGCAGCCGGGCAGCGCUCCUUGCCGCCCUCUGGGCCCUCUGGCUCCAGCCCGGGCACAUCCUCAUCGACCACGGUCAUUUUCAGUACAACUGCGUGGCGCUCGGCCUAGUGCUGGCGGCGAUCAACUCGUGGUGCGCGGGCGCGCCGGCGGUUGCGGCUGCAGCCUUUAUCGGUGCGGUGUACUUUAAGCACAUGGCGCUCUACUUUGCGCUGCCUGUCUUCUUUGCGGUGGUAGGCAUGGCGUUGGCUGCACGGUCGUGGGGCGGGACGUUUCGCUUUAUUGCACUCAACGCAAGCGUUGUGCUGGUGGCCACUGCCGUAGUCUGGCUCCCAUGGCUCCUGCCGACUGCUGAUGGCACGAUGCCGUGGGAUGCCGACUCGCCGCUUGCGGCGGCGCUCUCACGACUGUUUCCCUGGCAGCGCGGUCUGUUUGAGGACAAGGUUGCUUCAGCGUGGUGCGUCUUCGAUCCUAUCCUCAGGAUCAAGACCAAGUGGUCCAUGGCAGGGCAGCGGACGCUGACCAUGGGUGUGACGCUAGCGGCGACGCUGCCGUCGUCGGUGAUGGCGGCGAUGGUCCUGGCACGAGGCGGCGUAGCGCCCGGUGGCACACUCUCCCCCGCUGGACGGUCAGCACUGACUCUCAGCCUCGCCGCCGGUGGUCUUGCGUUCUUCCUCUUCUCGUACCACGUCCACGAGAAGUCUAUUCUCUUCCCAAUGCUCCCGCUCUCGCUCCUUGCUCCGGCCGCGCCGCUGGAGAUCAUGUGGCUCUCUGUGGCCGCCGUCUUCUCGAUGUUCCACCUGCUUGUCCGCGACGGGCUAGCUGUCACGUACCUUGGUGUUGUGCUGAUAUUUUGCAUGGGCAUGGUUGUGCUGACCGGCGGCAGGGCGCGCUUUGGCUUGUGGAGUGCGGGCGCGAUGGCGGUGUCGGCGGCAGGCAUGGUGAUGCUGCACGCGGCGGACGCGUUUGUGGCACCGCCGGCAGCCCUGCCAUACCUUUGGGCGCAUGCCUUUGCGGUGUGGUCGUUCGCCCACUUUGCGGCUGCGUGGCUCGUCUGUAACGUGAGCCUCUUCGGGGCGGUGCGCGCGCGGGCAACAACGCACGCCAAGACGGAUUGAACGAGAACGGCGCU